GCAGCUAACUGACAAACGUUCAACUUUUCCGAUUCCAUACCUAAGUAUACCCUGAAGAUGGCAACCAGCGCAAACGGUGCUACCCUGUGGCUGAUCCUGCUAGUCCUGCCGAUUCAUCUGCUCGAGGCACAAUACUUCGGGCAGCAGUUGAAAGAUGUCAUCGAGUGGAAGGCAGCCGAUUUCGUGUUUCCAUCGGAAAACGCCCGUAACGAGGCGUUGGCCUCCGGGCGGUACGUGCCAGAGAACUGCAUACCGCUGGACAUGGAUGUCGAUUAUUCUAAUCCCGCCCGAUCACGUCUGUUUGUGACCAUUCCGCGGUUUGUUACCGGUGUUCCUUACACUCUGGGCCGUGUCAGUCGCACCCAGGGAGCUUCUGGACCGUUGAUCGAGCCCUAUCCGAACGCUGCCAUUCAGGAACGACCGGAAAGCAACAAUUGCCAAGGAAUAGUGUCCGUGUUUCGAGUGAAGAUCGAUGAAUGCAAUCGUCUCUGGGUGCUGGACACUGGCAAGAUUGGUGAAAACCGUAUCUGCCUUCCGCAGCUGGUAGUGUUUGACAUGAAAACGGACCAAAUCAUCCAUCGCUACCAGAUUCCUGCCGAUCAGCUCGUAUGCGAACUGUCGCUGUUGGUGAACCUGUUGGUUGAUGUCCAGGAUCCUUCUCCACUCGGAUCUUGCCAGAAUACGAAGGUCUACAUGUCGGAUGUCACCGCGUCGGCGAUGAUUGUGUACGAUAUGGCGCGUGGUAAAUCGUGGCGCAUAACGAACAAGCAGAUGUACCCAAACCCCGACUACGGCACAUUCACCAUUUCCAACGAAAGUUUCGACCUCAUGGACGGCAUCGUUGCCAUGGCACUGUCGCCACGCAUUCCGUCCGAUAAUGUGGUGUUCUCCGGUUACGGCCAAAAUCCGAACUGGCGUCCAUCCAGCGAUCGCUUGUUGUACUUCCAUGCGCUUGCAUCGGUGACGGAGAAUGCAGUACGCGCUUCGGUGCUGCACAACGACACGAUGUGGGAGGCGGACGUCGAAGCUCAACCACGUGCGUUCCGUCCAAUUGGUAUCCGCCCCUCGCAGUCUGUGGCGGAAGCGAUGGAUAGCAAUGGGAACUUGUUCUUCGGGCUGCUGAGUCAGAAUGCAAUUGCUUGCUGGGACUCGACCACACCGUACAAUCCGGCGAACAUGCGUAUCGUGUCGCAGAACAGCGAAAAGCUGCAGUUUCCGAGUGGGGUGAAAAUUGUACGAAACCGCAAAGGCGUUGAAGAGCUGUGGGUAUUAACUUGCCGCUUUCAGAAAGUGAUGACCGGAUCGUUGAAUACCAAUCAGACCAAUUUCAGAAUACAAGCCAUACAGAUUCCGGAGGUGCUAGGCUUUAAAAGUUCCUGUAGAGUGUAACGAGCACCGUUGUAACGGAAGAUUG